UAUCCGGAACACUUCUGUCUUUGCCCAUUCAAAAUUGUAAUCAUGUGAUGUAAGGCGAUGAAAUCUCACCACUGACAAGUUUGUUCGUAAAACGUUAAACCAUUCACGAUGAAGAAAAAGGUAUUACUCAUGGGGAAGAGUGGGUCAGGGAAGACCAGCAUGAGGUCCAUCAUCUUCGCCAACUAUAUAGCGAGAGACACUCGCAGACUAGGGGCAACAAUUGAUGUGGAGCAUUCUCAUGUUCGUUUCCUUGGGAAUCUUGUACUGAACCUGUGGGAUUGUGGAGGUCAAGAGGCAUUUAUGGAGAGUUACUUUGCCAGUCAACGGGAUAAUAUAUUCCGCAAUGUUGAAGUCCUGAUCUACGUAUUUGACGUUGAAAGUCGAGAGCUGGAGAAGGAUAUGCAUUAUUACCAGUCCUGCCUUGAGGCCAUUCUCCAGAACUCUCCCGACUCCAAAGUUUUCUGCCUCGUACACAAAAUGGACCUUGUGCAAGAUGAUCAGCGAGACUUUAUCUUUCGAGAGCGUGAGGAAGAUCUCAAACGGUUAUCAAAGCCAUUGGACUGCACAUGCUUCGCAACGAGUAUCUGGGAUGAAACUCUUUACAAGGCUUGGUCCAACAUUGUUUACCAGCUGAUCCCUAAUGUCCAACAGAUCGAGAGCAACUUGGCAAAUUUUGCCAACAUCAUUGAGGCAGAUGAAGUAUUGCUGUUUGAAAAGGCUACAUUUUUGGUGAUUUCUCACUGUGAAAGGAAACAGCACAAAGACAUUCACCGGUUUGAAAAGAUCAGUAACAUAAUUAAGCAGUUCAAACUUAGCUGUAGUAAGCUUGCUGCAAAUUUUCAGAGCAUGGAGGUGCAUAACUCUACCUUCUCCGCCUUCAUUGAGGGAUUUACCUCCAACACAUACGUCAUGGUUGUUAUGUCCGAUGGAUCCAUUCCUUCUGCCGCAACACUGAUUAACAUCAAAAAUGCAAAGAAGCACUUUGAGAAAUUGGAAAGAAUGGAAUCGAACCAUCAUCCCAUUACUGCUAGAUGAAAACCUGCCAAGGAAACAGCUCAUUCCAGUCUUGAUAUUAACAGUCGGUUCUCAUGGAAAUGUAGUUAUUUUGAUAUGUCACCUUCAUACACAAUGCCCUGUUUAGAGGUGGAGUCAGUGAGGAUUUCCAUCAGGACCUUUUGAGUCCAGAUAAUGUAUUUUCUCUGUGGAACAUUGAUGUCUUGACGGUAUAAAUUCUCACUAGAACCUCUGUCAGUCCCGGGUUAUAUGAUCUCUCUCUUAACACUUCACCGUCAGUCUAGACAAUAUGGCUUCUCUCUGGACUUUCUACCAGUCCUGGGAAUCCUAUGUCUGGAUCUCUGUUAACACUUCACCGUCAGUCUAGACAAUAUGGCUUCUCUCUGGACUUUCUACCAUUCCUGGGAAUCCUAUGUCUAGAUCUCUCUUAACACUUCACCGUCAGUCUAGACAAUAUGGCUUCUCUCUGGACUUUCUACCAGUCCUGGGAAUCCUAUUUUUCUGUAGAAUGGUUUCACAAUAUUACUUUGUAUACACUAAAUGUUUUCAAACUAAAAAAAAAUGGUUUUUCACUAGGACCCUGUUAGCCUAGAUUUUAAGAUGUUUAUCUGACAAUUUGGGAAGUGUAUUGGGUACAAUGGUUUCAUGAUAUUGCUACCCAAUAUGUUGGUCACAAUACAGUUUCCCAGUAGUAAGACUGUAUGGUUUCUCAUUGGAACCUUUUAGGGCUAUCCCAGUAAAACAUCUAUCCCACCCCAGGGAUCCAGGUUUUGUAAAUGGGUACCACCUAAAGAACUUAUUUAAUAAAUUACAAAGAACUAAUUGGAAGGAAAUCCAACCACGGAUAGAAGUGAUUUGUGUUGGAGUCCUGGGGUCGGGUAGAUAUGUUAAUGGAAUAGCCAUUUAGUCUAAACAAUAUAUACAUAUGUAGUUUCUCCUUAGAACCUUUUAGUUUAUCUUCACAAUAAGAUUAUCUGGUAGACACUUUAUAAAUUUGUAUGUGUUCGCUGUAUGUCCAUAUAUAAGAAAAUAAACCAGGGUUUUUGUGUCUGAUCAUGAGACAACAUUGAAAUUUUGUGAAUAGCAGAAUUUCCCUGAUGGAGUACAUUGCAUUUGUGAAAUUGUCAAAAUUCCUGUGUCCAUUUGUUUUUGAAAUGUUUGUAUAUGAAAUGACAAAAACUUGUAUUGUGUAAAUAUAUUAAAAGUGCUAUUUUUCCACUUUUGUGUACAUUUUGUACAGUAUACUGGUAUGUUACUCGUUACUACUUCUAGUUUCAUUCAGUUUUAAUUUAAGCUUCUCAACACAAUUAAAAUCAUAAUUAUUCAUGAUCAUUAAAAUAAAUUGUUUGUUUUGUUAAGAAACGAAUUAUGCCAUGGAGAGAAUGAUAUAUACAUUAAACGACAAUGUAUAUGUCAAGGAAAUCUGAUUACUCCAUUUCAAUCCUGUUUUUCUAUUGCAAUGGGCUUGGGAUGUACAAGGGAUGUACAUGAGAUUCUUAUGCAUAGAUACCUGGGCCCAGUUGUUCAAAAGGUGAUUAAGCUACGUAAUUACAGUUUAACAACAAUUAUAAAAUCCUGAUAAAAUUAUUUCUGGUAUUAAACAAACUUGACAAAAUUUUAUAAAAUAUAACACUCCUCAGUGUGUGCCUACCUGCCUAUUUUAAGGAAGGUACACACGGAGGUUUUGAAGUAAAGGCGAAAUGAGAUUUUCACUAAUCAAGUGAUUAAGCUAAUGAUACAUUUGAACAACUGGGCCCAGGGGGAAAUGUUUCACUUGUAUCUGAAUAUGCUAUACAGGAUGAUUAAUUUAUGGUACCUUUUUCAAUAUAUUUAAAUUUUGAUGUUCACUUUAAGUCCUUAUAAACAUGGAGUUGAAUUUAACAUCAGGUUUUAAUUCAAUUAUUACUUUUUCAAAGUUAAUUGGAUCAACAUUACAAAAAGACUUAGUUUAGUAAAUCCUUUUCGGAGGUGACUAUUGUAGAAACAUUGCGCUAUUCUUCAGAGAUAAAUAUUUUAUAUUGAUUUGUCUAAAAUGUGACCGGUGUAACACUUCAAUCAAUUUAUCUUCCCAAUCCCCUGGCAGUCAGAAAGAAUAUUGUAUUAUUCUUGCAAAUCAUUAUUUAAAUUAUGUUGAACAAAAAUGGUUACCAUGAUGAUAUACAAUGUAUAUAGAAUAAAAUUACAAAAAUGUAAAUAAUUCUCAAUCAUGCAGGCUGAAAUUUUCUGCUUAUUUUGCCGCCGAGCAGAUGCUGUUUGAUACAACUCAAAAGAAAUUGUACUCAUUAUUUAAAAUUUCCAUGAGUUAAGUUUGUUAUGAUAUUUUCAGUUAAUUACUUUUUUUAAAAUGAUCAGUUUUUUAUUAGAUAUGAUCUCAUUUUCUGUAUCCCAUUGGUUAAAACAUGGUCUUAAGCAGGUUAUUACUUUGUGAUAUAACCUGUUGUUUCUAUAUUCAAAAACACCUAAUCAGUAUAGCAUUUAUGACAUCAUAAUCAUUGUGACAUCACAAUGAAUGACCCAGUGUAAAUUUCCUGUUAUUAAGAUAAAUACACGUUGUAUUAUGCAAUUCCAAUUGUUUAAAAACAACUUUCAUGUCUAAUAUAAAAAUUAAGGACCUUUGAUUCGGUCAAUAUGGUAUAAUACUAUCAAUAUACUGACCUGGUAGAAUUUCAGAUACUUACCUUUGGCUUCACCUCAGUCAAUAUUUGAUUCUACCAGGUGGUUUAUCGCCGUAUUGAUCCAUCAAGAGUCAAUCAAUGAUGAGUAAUAUUUUUAUAUGCAAUAUGAAAAUGAUUCUAAAGUAUGAUAUAACUUUAGUUUGAGAUUCAAGACUCUUUCCAGAUUGAAGAACUUGAGAGGAUAUUGUCAGAUUAUUUCUAAAGGAAUCAUUUAAAUAUUUUUCGUUGAUAUAAAAACAAACAAUGUCACAAUGAAGUAGUAAGAAUCAUAUCACCACUUUUGCCUGGAAAUUGAUUGAAAUGUUGUAAUUCAAAUUUUAUUAGUUACUUUGAUAUUUAAAUCAAAUCUAUGUGAUCUAGAUGUUAAUUUCAUAGAAUACAUGUUUAUAUGUAAAACAUUUAAUGUGUUGAGUUUAAAAACGUUUGGUAAAGAAAAAAAUCAUUGUCAGUCUCGUAGGUUAAUAUGAGAGAGAUAAUCCCUUGAAAGCAUUGUUUCUAUCAAUAUACUUAUCAGUAGAAUAUUUGUCUUCUGUCCUGGAUUGCAAGCUUUAAAUCAAUGCCUCCUAUUUAUGAACUAAUUUAGUACCAGUAGUAGACAAGGACAGAAAUACUUUCUGUACUUGUAAUGACAAGGUAUAGAAAUGGCAAGUCGACAGAAUGUGAUGCGACUUUUACUAUUAAACAUGUAUAUUUGCACUA